AUGACCACCAGCAACUCCCCGGAGGCUGUGGCCGAUCCGGCCAAUGCCUCCGCUGCGGCCCCUUAUGGGACGCGAUCGAGAGGCCGCAAUGCGCCUCGGCCCAACUACGCUGAGGAUCGUGACAUCGACAUGGAAUUAGAGGCGGCGCCCACCAAGACCGCCAAACUGUCACCGGUCGUCAAGACCUCCACGCCCGUCAUUCCGGAAAAGACGGCAUCAGCACCACCACGGAAGAGUCUAACAAACGGCGUCAGCCUCGCCAAGGGUACCGUCGCGGCCGAGUCUGCCCCGAAAGAGUCAAUUCCCGGCACCUCGUCAUUUUCGGCGCGUCCAGAGGAUGUCAACGGCGCGGGCUCGCUCCGGAAGCGCAAACAGCCUGCCAGCACCCCGACGUCGAGCACUAAUACCGGCAAUGCCGCGAAGCGCAUCUUCACGUCCGCCCCGGGCGAGUCCGACAGCGGCUAUUUCACGAAUAUGAUGAGCUUCGAGGCUUCUGGCCCCUUCCUCAGAGACGGCCAAAUUAAAUCAGAUGAUGGUACCACAUUUGCUGUCAAUGAUCAUGUGUAUUUGAUUUGUGAACCUCCAGGCGAGCCAUAUUAUUUGGCUCGGAUUAUGGAAUUUCUUCCGUCCAAAACUAAAGAGUCCGGCGUGAUCGAAGCCUUACGGGUGAAUUGGUAUUAUCGCCCCCGUGACAUUCAGCGUCACAGCCCCGACACCCGAUAUUUGUAUGCAUCAAUGCACUCGGACACAUGUCCACUCUCGUCCCUCCGCGGAAAGUGUCUGAUUAAACAUGUCUCCGAAAUCGACGACAUGAAUUCGUAUAAGAAAGGCCGCGAUUCGUUCUGGUACGACAAGAUGUUUGAUCGCUAUAUCCAUCGACUAUACGAUGUCAUUCCGACUAAGGAUGUGGUCAAUGUCCCGCCCAAUGUCAAGCGUGUCUUGGAUGACCGCUGGAAAUUCAUUCUGGUGGAAAUGGGGAAAGGCAAGGAAUUGACCGGUGCGGUCAAGACCUGCAAGCGCUGCCACCUGUUCGCCGCUAAUGCUGAGUCGGUGGAUUGCGCGGUGUGCCGCUCCACCUACCAUAUGGGUUGUGUUCGGCCGGCGCUCACCAAAAAGCCUGCCCGUGGCUUUGCUUGGGCCUGUGCACCGUGCAGCCGUGCCCAGGAGCGCAAACUCGAGGCGCGCAAUACUCCUCUCAUUGGGGAGACCCGAGCCGAGGGUGAGGACGAGGUGAUGGAGGAGGAGGAAGAAGAUCAUCAUCAUCUCAACGGUGUCACAAAUGGGACCUCCGUCAGCACACCAGCCGCGAUCGAGGAUUCGAUGCCCCAACCCGAAACCGCAGAACAGAUGGCCCAGGCUCGGAUGUGGCCGUACCGCUACCUGGGCAUGCACUGCCGCGUGGAGGAUGCUCUUGACUAUGAUGAUCGAAUUUACCCGCGAGCCAGUUCCCGUCUCGGACCUCGUCACCAAGCCAUUGUCAAUCCCUGGCCCGGGCGUCCUGUGGAAUACGUGAAGCCUGUCGAGCUCAAGAAGAAGUAUUCGCGUGUCUCGGGCGGCGGCCAGAAAGUGACCAAAUUGACCAGCGAUUCCAAAGCAGCGCUGGAGGCUGCGAAGCAAGAGAAGGCCACCCGGCCCAAGUGGGUUCAAGAUCAACCUACCGGUUAUAUUCAACGCGGAGAGGACGAACCAGUGACAAUGAAUAACGGAAAGCAGGCGCGCACUGCCGAAAUAUUGUUUAAAAUGCCCACCGCUGACCAGCUUCCCGCUCGUGGCGAAGACGAUGCGCCCGGCUCCCAUCUGAGCGACGCUGAACGGGAGGCUUUCAUUGACGACUAUAUGCGUCAAGCAAGGGAGUUGGCUCCUGAUGUUGGAGUAGAGAAGUACUGUACCAACUUCUUGGACAAGGCUCUUGAGCUUCUAUACUCAGAAAGCUUCAAUGCCGAUGCCGCACUUGCCAAGCUAAAGAAGGUCAAUAAAUAUAAGGAUCUUAAGGAACCUCAUCUCCGGCCCGAGGAGUUGAAACUCUUCGAACAGGCUGUGGGUAAGUUCGGAUCGGAGUGGCGCCAUAUCACCAAGCAUGUCAAAACCGUUCCACACUACCAGAUCGUUCGAUUCUACUAUAUGUGGAAGAAGACUCCCCGUGGUCGACAAAUAUGGGGUAGCUAUGAAGGGCGGCGCGGCAAGAAGGAGGUGCGGCGGCAGAGUGUUGUUUCAUCCAAGUUGCUUGACGACGUUGCCGAUGACCACGAUGAUUCCGCUUUCGACAACGAGAAAGCGGCGAUUCAGAAGCGUGGGUUCCAAUGCAAGUUUUGCACAACGCGGAGCUCCCGACAAUGGCGACGUGCUCCCGGCGUUCCUCCAGGCACUACGGUUCCUUCUGAGCCCUCGGCGAAGAAGGACAAGGGCCCUAUGCUCGCGGUCGCUCUUUGUCUCCGCUGUGCCUUGCUGUGGCGUAAAUACGCCCUCCAAUAUGAGGACAUUGAUGAGGUUGGAAAGAGAAUUGCUGCUAGUGGCAACAAGUCUUGGAGGCGACGUAUUGACGAGGAGCUGCUCGCGCAGAUGAUUGUUGCUACCGAGACUCCUUUCUCCAUCAGCAGUGCUACGGCAGCUACAGCGGUGGCCAUCGGCAUUCCAGUUGAUCUUAACCCACAGCUUCAGCCCGAAAACAAAUUGGACAAGAAGAAGCCUCGCAGUGACGUCCCGAGUACAGCGACAUCUACCGCGACAUCCGUGGAGCCUAUGCCGAAGAAGAAGAUUGUGGUGGCCGAGAAGACCGCCGAAGGGCUUCCUGUGGUCCCUGAUCCGCCAAGAGCAAAGACUCUUCCUUGUGCGGUAUGCAGCAAGGUAGAGCCAAUGGGUGAAGAACAUGUCUCUUGCCGAGACUGUCGCCUCACUGUUCAUCGGAAUUGCUACGGAGUGCCAUCAUACCGUGCCGGAAACAAGUGGCUCUGUGACAUGUGCUCUAACGACCGCAGUCCUUCGAUUUCUACGACUUAUGAAUGUGUCCUGUGCCCUGUUACAUGGACCGAGCAUGACCUUAUGGAAACCACGAAGAACAACAGCCGAAAGAAGUCCGAUCGAGAUAAGGAGAAGGAACGCCUGGAGAAGGAGAUGGUCACCGAAGCCAUUAAGCUGUACCGCCAGCGACAGGAAGCGGUCGGCAAACCCGUCGGUCCUCGGGAACCUCUGAAGCGCACUGCCGGCAACAAUUGGGCCCACGUGAUGUGCACGUUGUGGACUCCUGAAAUCAAGUACGGUGACGCGGUUGAAUUGGAGCCUGCAGAGGGAUUUGGAUCCAUCCCCAAAGAUAGAUGGCGAGAAGUUUGCAAGAUUUGCAAAUCGUCCAAGGGCGCUUGUGUUCCUUGCCAUUUUACUGGAUGCAAUGCUCAUUUCCAUGUCGGCUGUGCUUUCCAAGCAGGGUAUCGCCUUGGUCUUGAUGUCACACCUGUGAAGGGCUCUCGUAAGGACAGCGUGCAGACUAUCCGCCUGGGCAGUGAGGCUGGCAUGGCCACGCCGGUCAUCUACUGUCCCAAUCACAGUGUCUCGACCACGGUUCAUGAGGUCAGUGAGGCAGUUGGCCAGGAUGGCCUAAAUGCUCUGCAGCUCUUCGCUCGGACAUAUAAGCAAGCUGAUCUCACUUUAACGGGAACCUCACGCAAGGCGGCAUAUAUGCAACAAUCAAUCGUGCCUCCGGCUCACCCUGGCAUCAGCGCAGCCCAACGACGUGCUUCGACCAGUAGUGCAUUGGCAGCGCCUAAAGAUACCCAUAAGCCCCCACCCACACCGACCGAGGAUGUGGCUGACGAGAUGGAUAUCGACACUGAAGACCGUGCUCCGGCACCUCAGCCUGUCUCUGGAGUCACGACUUCUAGAAGAUGUGUGCGCUGUUCGGCUGACUACAGCCCCAGAUGGUGGCCUAGUCAACGCCGUACCGAUCCUCGGGGUCCUCUGUCAAAUGGAGUUGGACUUAACUCUGCUAGCCCAUCCUUCCCUUCCCGUCAUCUGGCACAAGGUUCAUUCACUGCACACCCCAAUGGAGACGCCCCGGAGCCAGCAUACGAAUGCCACAAAUGCCACUUGAAGAAUCCACCUGUACCCGAGCCCGCUCCCGACCCUCGACCUUCGCCUUAUUCCGCUCAGCGUCCCAUGCUUCCGCGUAUCGGUGCUGGUCACACUUUUGUGCCGCACUCCCAUUCUGCUCCGACCGGUGUACUUGGGCGUCCCCUUCCCCCUGCUCAUUCACACAGCGCGCACUCGGGAUAUGUGGGAGGUUAUGAUCCAAGACCGGGUCCUGAUUCCGGCCUGCGCAAUGGCAUGUCACCCCCUGUGUAUUCUGCGGGGCCUCCUCCGCCUCCUCCACCUCAUCACCUCGGAGGCUACCCCUCGGCGCACAUCCCGGGACCCUCGCCGUCUCCUUACGCCAACGCAGGGCCCCCUCCGCCACCCCCGUCGCAGCCGUAUGCCACACAUCAGCACCAGAGUCCCUAUGGUCCUGUAACUGCUCGAUCACCGCAUCUCUCCCAGGCUCCGCCUCGUCCAUACCCAUCCUCGGCAUCCCCACCCAUCGUGCAGGCAACCGUCAAUCGGUCUCCGCAAACGUCGCUUAGUGCACUCAACGGAGGCCCGCCGCAUCGCAUGUACUCAGUGGACCGUGGAAUAGGUGCGCCGUCGCAUUCGCCGCCAGUCGCCCAAGCACGGCUUGACCCGCGCGGGCCCACUCCUCCAAACCGGCCGGGUGAUACGCCUCCUUCGCUGGUGGCUGGUCGGCACCCUGGCGUGAAUGGCACAAGCUCUGGAUCUGGUGCUAGUGCGAGCCCGUCUUUGAAGAACCUUCUCUCGUGA